UGUGCGGCGCUGAUCAUGGCGAAAGCUCUUUCUGCUCUUCUCGGUACAAGCGGAGCUGUCUGGUUGUUCCUGCAUAGGCGAACUCAAGCAGCUGAACUCGAAAACGAGCAAAGCAUUAACAAAAUGUGGGACUUCAACUGGGAUCGCCGUUCGCCAGAGAACAUGAGGAAACCAGCCAAGAAACUAGAGACCGAUUCCGGGAAAGCAGUCGAUAAGCCAGAGAAACCAACGGCUUCGAGGCAUCUUAUUUUCAUCAGACAUGGACAAUACGACUUGAAGCCGUCAGACGACAAGUUGAGAUGUCUGACAGAGUUGGGCAGGAGUCAAGCAACUCUGACGGGACAGAGACUGAAAGAAUUUGAUAAACCGUAUACGAGAUUGGUUGUGUCGACGUUGACACGAGCUAGAGAGACAACUAAUAUUAUCUGUGGGUUUCUACCAGAUGUGUCAGUUGAGACAUGUGAGAUGCUCGCCGAAGGAGCCCCAUGUCAUCCCGAACCGCCGAGUCACAAUUGGAAACCAGAGCACUACCAGUUUUUUCAAGAUGGUGCAAGAAUUGAGGCAGCUUUUAGGAAGUUUUUUUAUCGGGCUGAUGUAGAUCAGAAGGAAGACAGUUACGAGAUAUUUGUUGGUCACAGCAAUGUGAUACGUUACUUUGUUUGCAGAGCUCUGCAGUUACCUCCUGAGAGCUGGCUACGAAUUAGUCUAGCUAACUGCAGUGUUACUCGUUUGACAAUUCGCCCGAGCGGACGAGUUUCGUUGCAGUCAUUAGGUGAUGCUGGACAUCUACCACCAGACAAAAUCACAUACAACUAAACAUUUGCAAGUAUGUUGUGCAGUUGUGGAAAGGUCUAGGUGGUGUACUCAGUGGAGGCUAUGAUGGUCUUCAAGUUUAAAAUAGGCAGAGGUUUGUCUGAUGUCACAAAAUGGUUUGUUUUGACUUAAUUUAUUUAUUGUAUACUCUACGUUGAGAUCUUGUAGUGUAAGUUAAUAUCAACUAAGCUGUUGAUUAUUUAAAAUGGAGAUGUUUUGCCAUAACACAAAUGCACGAA